GGUUGCGCUAAGCUGCGGUAAUGGGCGGGUUAAGCGUGCAGCCGCGGCUUUCCCCAGCUUUCUACUCCAAGCACGCGGCCUUGUCCCGCACAUGCGCAGCAAUGUUCUUUUGUAGCUUCUAAUCCAAGUCAAUUUGCUCCUCACAGCGCCUCACAAUUCGCAUCGUGACCAUGCGUGCUCUUCGAAAGUCUACUCAUUUCUCGCGCCAGCUCGUGGCUGCCAAUGGCACGCGCUUCAACUCGACAGCAACUCCGGCUGCCAAAGCCCUGACUUCCGUGUUGAUUGCCAAUCGAGGAGAAAUUGCACUUCGUGUUGGUCGCACAGCUACAGAGUAUGGCGUACGAACGACUACCCUCUAUACCGACCCAGAUGCUCGUUCACAGCAUGCGCUUAGUUCUCCCUUUGCUGUCAAUCUCGGCGACCCCUCUGCAUAUCUUGACGGAGAUAGGAUAAUACAGAUUGCGAAAGAACGCGGUUGUCAGGGCAUACAUCCUGGUUAUGGAUUCUUGAGCGAAAACCCUCACUUUGCAAAGAAAUGUGCAGAAGCUGGCAUAACCUUCAUUGGACCACCAGCUUCCGCAAUCGAAGCCAUGGGCAGCAAGAGUGAGUCAAAGAACAUCAUGACAAAUGCUGGUGUCCCCUGCGUUCCCGGCUACCACGGUGCCGAGCAAGACCCCGAAUACCUGAAGAACGAGGCAGCAAAGAUCGGCUAUCCUGUUCUGCUCAAGGCUGUUAAAGGUGGAGGUGGCAAGGGAAUGCGAAUUGUCAACACCGAGCAGGAGUUCUUUGACCAGCUCUCGUCCGCCAAAGGCGAAGCACGAAAUUCAUUCGGCGACGAAGUCAUGCUCGUCGAGAAAUACAUUAUCACACCGCGACACAUCGAGGUUCAGGUCUUCGCAGAUCGUCACGGCAACUGUGUAGCACUGGGCGAGCGCGAUUGCAGUAUUCAGCGCCGUCACCAGAAAAUCUUGGAAGAAUCUCCUGCGCCUCAUCUACCAGAGGAUAUUCGUCAAGACCUAUGGGAGAAAGCUAGGCAAGCUGCUCUUGCAGUUGGUUACGAAGGCGCCGGUACCGUCGAGUUUAUCUUCGACAACGACACCGGCGAGUUCUUCUUCAUGGAGAUGAACACCCGUCUGCAGGUCGAGCAUCCUGUCACUGAGAUGGUCACAGGCACAGACCUGGUGCACUGGCAACUCAUUGUAGCAGAAGGCGGCCGUCUGCCACUCACGCAGCAAGAGAUUGAGGAGAGGAUUAAAGAGCGCGGCCAUGCCAUCGAGGCACGCAUCUAUGCCGAGAACCCAGACAUGAACUUCAUUCCAGACUCCGGCUUACUUCUCCAUCUGCGGACACCAACACCGACACCUACCGUGCGAAUCGACUCCGGUUUCGUCGCUGGCGAUGAGGUAUCCUCACACUACGACCCCAUGAUCUCGAAACUCAUCGUCCAGGGGCCCACGAGAGAGGCUGCGAUCCAGAAGCUGCGAACGGCUCUCGAGCAGUACGAGGUUGCUGGUCCCAUUACCAACAUCGAGUUCAUCAAGAAGAUGUGUGUCAGCCCUGACUUCGUCGCCGGCUCGGUGGAGACCGGUUACAUCCAGAAACACCAUACAGAACUCUUCACACCGGUCCUUCCUGCGCCAGAAGUCUUUGCGCAAGCUGCCCUUGGUCUUGCUCUCCAGGAAGUCUCUUCGAGUAGAUCCGAUCCUUUCGCUGGCCCACCUAUCUCCACUGCUGGUUUCGGUCUUGGCUUCCAGCAGCGCAGGUUCGACUUGGUAGAGACACCUGCUGAUGGCAAAGGCGACGUUACAAGCACACCUGUCACCAUACAUCAGACCGCACCAUCCAAGUUCGACGUCACAGUGGGCUCAGAAACGUACACUAAUGUUACAAGCACAUUCGGUUUGUCUAACAACACACUCACAACCUACUAUCCACACACACGUCUCUCCACAACAUUCAUCCGCGACGAAGACCGCCUGACUUUGUUCCAGCAAGGUAAGCAGUAUCGCCUUCGGCUUGCGAUGCCCAGGUGGGCAGAGAAGGCACUCGGCAUCAAGGACGUGACAAACAGUGUGCUUGCACCUAUGCCUUGCAAGGUUCUUCGCGUGGAAAUUGGAGAGGGCCAGCGGGUGAAGAAAGAUCAACCGCUCGUGGUGAUUGAGAGCAUGAAGAUGGAGACUGUCAUUAGAAGCCCAAUGGAUGGCGUCGUCAAGAAGAUCGUGCAUGGCAAAGGAGAUAUGUGCAAGGCCGGUACAGCACUCGUGGAGUUUGAGGAAGCUGAAGGAACUUUGUGAAGGUAUACUACAAUUGUUGCGGUGCAAGUCGGUCCUAUAGGCCUUGAUCGUCACCUCUGUUGACUACCUUGGACUAGCACGUCUCAGGACAUGUAUAUAUGGUCGCCUCCUAGCUAGCAAGCAACUCAGUGCAGUUUUCCAUCGA